UUCUUUGCAUAACAAAUUGCAGAUCUGAACGUGAUACCAUCAAUGGCUUCUUUGCAUACUUUGUGUGGUGUGAAUACUUGGAAGCAAUCAGCAGUAGCAGGAUUCCAUGGACCACAAUCAGUUCCCAGAUUGAAUGUGAAGCAGGCGAGAAAGAAGAGAUAUUGUACAGUUGUAGCAGCUGUUGGAGAUUUAUCAGCCGAUAGUACAACCUAUCUGCUUGCCGGUGCUGCUACUGUUGCCUUGCUCGGAACUGCCUUUCCAGUCCUCUUCUCCCGCAAGGACCUAUGUCCAGAAUGCGAUGGAGCUGGGUUUGUUCGGAAAUCCGGAGCAGCCUUGAGGGCAAAUGCAGCUCGUAAGGACCAGGCUCAAAUAGUUUGUCCCCGUUGCAACGGCCUCGGAAAACUAAACCAAAUCGACAAAUAAACUCCUCUCUGUUGUUGUCAAUUAUUAGGCAUAAACAAACUCAUCUGAUGUAAAAUUUGUAUUCUCCUCUGCAUACACCUCAGUUUCUUUCUUCUUUUGCUUGUAUAAAUCUCCGGAUGCUUGUCAAACAUGUCUUAAUUCCUCGAAUGCAUAGUUAUAAUCAGUUUCGACGUGCU